AUGCCUCACCAUUUGAAACAUCCUCUGCAACGGCUGUCCAGUCCUUCCCGAGGACUCUCGGCUGUGGUCCAUUUGGUCGGACUCGCCAGUUUUUGCUGGUCCUUCAAGUUUAUGCACGAGAAUCCCAAUCGGGCUAAUGAGGCAUACGGCUGGCAUUUUCAAUACCUCACUGUUAUUGGACUUUCUCUGGCGACACUGACCUUUUUUUUCGGUAUUCUGGCGGAUGUGACGUUGUCGGCCCGACUCUUCUUGGUCAAGAACCUUUUGUCUAUUCUUAGUGCUCCUUUGGAAGUAUUGAUUAGUCUUCUUUACUGGAGUUUGCGCUUGAUCGACGAGCGCUUGGUGAUUCCCGAAUGGGCGGUGAUCCCGCUCAGCGCUGAUGUUAGCUUCCACGCCAUUCCAUCCAUUGUUUUGUUGAUUGACCUGCUUUUCUUUUCUCCCCCAUGGACUAUCGACAUUGUCCCCGCUCUUGGCUUGUCUGGCACCUUUGCUGUAGGAUAUUGGGUCUGGAUUGAACGGUGCUUUAAGCUCAAUGGAUGGUACCCGUAUCCCAUCUUCGAGCAAGUGCCCUUUGAAGGCCGUGUUGGCCUCUUCGUUCUGAGUGCUGUCGUUAUGGCACUAAGCACUGCGACUCUGAAGCAUCUGUAUGGCCGGGUCAAUGGCUACGGUACCGCCACUGAGGCUCGUGCGUAUCCUGGCCAGGUCAAGCGGAACGGCGGUCAUUAA